AUGGAUAAAGAAAUUUAUUUAAGUAGUAAACCGCCAUCUCAGUCGUCCUUAAACACUAAUAUUGAUUCUGAAAGAAAGGUGAAUAUCCAACCUGUGUCAGCUUCAUUGGAACCAGUGAAAAACGACUUGGAUUCUCAGGAGAAAGACAAAGAGAAUAAGCGAAAGAAAGUUCAAAAUAUGGGAUCUUUUUCAUCUGAUUAUGAAAAUGAAAAACAGAUGAAUAAUGAAAACGCUAAUCACAAUACACUGUCACCAUCAAAAUUGAAAGCAAAAUUGAAAGAAAGUGAAGAUGAACUAGCACAAUAUAAACGUCUAUACACUGAAGCAUUGAAAAGUAUUGAAGACUUGAAAAAUUCAUCAAAUGAUUUAACCGCACAAUUAUCAUCGCUUACAACUGAGAAUAUACGUUAUAAACAGGAUUGUGAUCGGGCUAGAGCUGAUCUAGAAUUGGCUGAAGAAAAUCGUCUACAAGCUGAACAACUUGUCAAGGUGAUCAGUACAAAGUUGGAGCUAGCAGAAAAACGACAUUUAUUAUUAUUAGAAUCUGUAAAGAAAACUCAAGAGAAAGAUGAUUGUGACAACGAUGGUGAACCAUCAUCAACAACAGACUAUGCAGCUUUAUACCCGAAUGCUCCAGAAGACCUAUUAACCCUGGUGAAUAAACUUCGAUCGACUAAUCAUUCUUUAACGCUACAGACUACUGAUUUACAAAAUGCACUAGAUGAUUUAAAAAAAGAGCUGGAAACUACUCAUGGCGCUCAGUUGAAAGCGGAGAAAACAAUUGAAAAGUUACGUGCUGAUUUACUUCGUGUACAAGAUGAACAUGAAACAGAUUAUGAAGCGACGCGUAGUGCUAAUCAAGUUAAAAUGAGACAAUUGGAAGAGACGCUGGAGGGUGUAAAGCAAGAGAAUGCUCGAUUGAACAGAGAGAAGCAUCAGUUGGAGCUGGAAAUAUCAGUGCUGAAUACAGAGUUAGCAAAUGCUACUACUUCUAAUGAUGAUGAUAUGGAACGUAAGUUGUUAAAAGAGCUGAAAUUAAUGAAAAAUCUUCUCGCUGAAAAAGAAGUCAUCAUUGUUCAGUUAACUUCUAAUUGUGAUGAUUAUAAAGAACAAAUUAGAAAGUUACGUGAUCGGAUCGAUGAAUUAGAUGAAUCAAACGACAAAACAAACCGUCAGAAACGUCGUCAACAAAGCGAACUGGAGGAGACGCAACAACAAUUGACAAGUGCACUUCGUACACAAAAACGGUUUGAAGAAGAGCUGUCUCGUUUAAGACGUCAACUUAAUGAGUUAGAAAAUCAAUUAGCUGAUCAAGAAGAUGCGCAUAAAGAAACUCGUGAUAAACUGACUGUUGCUUUAGCUGACAUCACUGUAAAUGAGGCUACAAUUCAAGCACAAAUGGAAGAAAUCAAUGCAUUUCUUAUAGAAAGAAAGAAACUACAAGCGCAAAUAGAUGAACUAAAAUUAGAAAUUAAUACAACUAGUAUAGAUCAGGUUCCUCGUAGUGAAUUAGAACGCUUAGAAACUAGAAUACGUGAACUGGAUCAACGUUUAGACAGUGAAAUCACCAAUCGUACACGUAUCCAAUAUUCACUUGAUCGUGCCAGGGAAUCAAUUGAACAGUUGACCAAUGAACGUGAUAAACUUAUCUCUUCCGAGGCUAGUGUACGUGAACAAAAUCGUAAAUUAUCCCGGCAACUGCGUUUAGCCCAACAAGAAGAAAGUGAAGCAACACGAAAAGCAACAAUGGCACAAAGAAGAGUUGAAGAAGCUCAAUUCGAUGUGCAUAAAGCAUUAGAUGAUGCUGCAUGUUCCCGUGCUGAAAUGAAUGCAUUACAAAGACGUAUACAAGAUUUAGAAGCGUAUAUUAAUAAGGCGAAACAUUUAAAAUUAGCUGGUGAUGCUGAUGAUGAUGACGAUGAUGUUGAUGUUGAUGGUGAUGAACUUGGAUUAUAUGAUUCAUCAGGUGGUGAUGAUGUUAUUGGUCUACGAAAAUUGAAAGGAUCUCAAGAUUUGAUAUUACGUUCUACUUUGAGAUCCUCUGCAGAAUAUUCUGCUUAUGGUUGUUGUUCCGAUGCUGAAGACGGUGUAAAUGGUGUUGGUGUCGGUGACGUUGAUGGUGAUAUGCCUAACAAUCAUGAGAAUAAUCAUUGCCUAACAGAAACAAAUGAGUCAAGAUGUCCUACUGUCACCACUACUACUACUACUACUACUACUAAAAAUAGUAAUAAUAGUAGUAUAAACACUAGCAAUCAUAAUAAUAAUAAUAAUGCUAUUAGCAAUGAUGGAUCCCCCAGUCGCUUCAAUCGUGGUCUGCUGCAUAAAUUUCACUUACUCAAUCGUGCUCUAUCUGAUGACAACCUACCCUAUUAUCCAAAUCGUUUAGCCUAUCAUAUGCUUAAAACUAAUACUGCCACAACUACGACUGCUUCUACUAUCACUGCCCGCUCACCAUCAAUUCUCAAUGAAUCAUCAUUACCAAUUAAUCCAGCAAACAUCAGUAAAAGUAAGAAUAAUAAUAAUAAAAAUAAAAAACAAAAUUCAAUUAAAAGUAAAAAAUACAAUUCACUUCCUACUGGUAAAAGUGUUUCACAAUCGAAUAGUCUUCAAUCUCUUAAAAAUGAUUCAUUAGAGACUCUGAAACCACAGACGUCUGAAGAAAAACUUAUCCAAUCCUCGAACUUUACAUCAACUAAUAGUUUCGAAACAGUGAAUACUUGUAGUAAUGAUACAGAGGUGAAUGUUAGUGCUAUCACUAGUACAACUACAACUGCUGCGACUACUAGUACCACUGUUGCUACUCCAAAUAAUGAGUACAUUUCAGAUGGUGGUAAAUCGAAUGAAACAUUGACAUUUUCUUCGAAUGUUUGUGUGCUAACUACACCGAGAUUUAAACAGACUGUCACUAUUAAACACCUUCAUCAUAAUUGUAUGCCAAAACCAAAUGUAGAUGUGGUAUAUCUUACAGAUAAUACGAAGAGAAAUAACAAUGAUACUGCUACUACUACUACUACUAAUAUUAGUUGUCGGCGUGCAAGUAAUGAUAGUAGUAGUGAUAUUGACAACAGCAACAACUAAGACACCACUGUCUAAUCAGUCCUUGGGUGUAUCACAGUAUUGUCGUCAUCGUCAGCUCGAGGUUGUGAUCAGUCAGAUGGUACAACAAACCGAAGUCAACUACUUCUUUCCUGUAAUUAAAAAAAUCAAAACUCUGAAUUUACUGUUUCACUGGGAUAAACAAGCUCAUUUCUGCCGCCAUCCCUGUUUCUCUCCCCCUCUGUCACUACCAUACUGUUGUUUGACUUCCAUGUUGUAUAAAAAAUGCCCGGUGACGUUAUUAAUACUCUGUUUUACUGUUUCUGAUAUCUUACACUCGCCUUUAUGUUGAGUUAAUCU